UCCCUUGUUUUCGCAUCCAUCCAUCUACCCUUCCCUCCCUCCCAUUCCUCCCAUCCUGACAUUCCAACAACGACAACACAACAAACAGCAUAUAACAAAUGACCACCCCUGACACACAGGUUUGCCAGCAACUCGACGACCUGGUGCUGCAGUACCUGGGUCUCAUCGACGAACACCUCUCUGCAUGGAAUCGAAUCUCAGACCGGUUUCAACAGGGACGUGAGCAAAUCUCGCAGGCAAAGUACAUCAUGGGCCCCCGAAACGUGUCCGCAGACUGCUACGACCAUCGCAUGAAAGCACUUCGCGGCGUUGCUGUGAAUGGACCAAGUGACAUUGUCCUACGAGAUCUGUGGGCGGAGCAAAAAAGGGCAGCCAUGGAAGCUGCUGAGGAAGCUGACGAACAGCAGGAGAGAAGUAGACAGGCUAGCGAGAAUGGAAACGGAGUUGCGGACUUGUGGGAAGAUCCUAAUCCGAAUAGCAAGUCUGGUCUGAGGCGAAGAGGAGGAGGAGCAGGAGCAGGAACAGGAACAUUAUCAAGUGUUAGUUCAGGAUUAGGAUUAGGAUCAGGACUAGUAUCAGGAUCAGGAUCUGCUUCUCUGGCGUCCAAUGGUGAUGAUGAUGAUGAUACUCUGGUUGAUGAAGACAAGUACAAGAAAAAGCCGGUGAGCAAGGCAACGUCUAUUGCGACUGAACAUGCAGGGAAAUCACGCGUCUUGGGAGAAACGACCGCCACAGAAACCGAUGCAACAACAACGACGACGACGACGACGACGAUAGCAACGGCGAAAAAGAAGAAAGAGCGCAACCCAGAUCCAUUGCUGUGGUUCGGUGUGUUUGUGCCGGCUCCGCUCCGUAACGCCCAAAGCAUUUUUCAGAAAGGCCUACAGGACGUGGUCGAGAUGGCGAUGAUUCGACAGCGAUUGCUCGAGUUGGAAGAGGCCAUCGAGGCUUUGCAACAGGCCAAAAAGAAGAUAACACAGCCAUCAUCAUCAGCAACGGAGUAAUAAAUUCAAAACACCAAGCAAUUUUUUUUACUCCUUGUUUGAAAUAAACCGGGUUAGCGGUGCUUUGCUUUGGCAACCUGAAGAAAGACAGGGGGGAAAGGGAGUGGAGGGACGGGAAAGGAAGAAGCGCACUGGCAUGCAUAGACUACAGUGCAUGAGCAUGGGCAUGAUUGCACCUGUCAGAUGGCGGCAUAAGAGUUAAACUAUGCAGUAUUGCUCGAGCGCAGAUUAGCAUCCACGAUCGAUGGAUGGAGUGGGAGGAAUGGAGAGCAAGCGAGUGGACGAGUGAGUGAGUGAGUGGGUGAGUGAGCGGGUGAGUGAGCGGGUGAGUGAGUGCUCAUCUGAAGCGAUGGAU